GGCGCACUGAUACACGCCGAGCCGCACCCUGGCCCUCAAACACACCCCAGCCGCCCAGCGAGGAGUGCGUGCUAGCAGUACUCGUGUAUUUCUGCCUGUAUCCUCGGGUUUAUAGGAUUCCGAAGCCAAGAACCUUUCUGCCCGGCAGUUUUCCGAGAGUCAAGGUUGUGUGAACGCGUGAAGAGAGGAGUGCAGUUGAGAUAUUUGAGUGUAUCGCCAGCCAGCCAGCCAGCCAGCCCCAACAUGGCUCUCACGGCCAGGCAAGACACCAUCGAUCUUCUGGACGACUGUCUGGACGACAUCUUUGAGGUCAACUUCGACGAGAUUACGAGGCUGGCCACCAGUAACGAGGACUUCGACAGCCCCAAGCCAGCAGUGGUGGUGCAGCCCGCCAGCCAAGAGGUGGUCAUUGGCGAGAUGAUGGGCGUGGCCGCCAGCGAGGACUUAAUGUUUGACGCCGCCAAGUUUAGUGGUGACAACGGCAUGGGCGUGAUUACCCAGCCCGCCAGCCUAGAGGUUGUCUAUGACCAGGUGACGGGCCUGACCGCCGGCGAGGACUUCAUCUUUGACCCCACCAAGCUUAGUGGUGACGCCGGCGUGGGCGUGAGUCCGUUGCCCGCAGUGGUGGUGCAGCAGGCCAGCCCCAAGCCCCAGCCCCAGGACUACUACAGUCUCGACAUCCAGCCCGGCUCCCCUGAGUUCCUGGUCCUGCAGCCCGCCGUCCCUGAUUUCUUCUUGCAGCAGACCCCCAGCCCAGUGUCUUCCCCCCAGCAGGCCACCGACAUCCAGCCUGCCUCCCCCGAGUUCGUGGUCCUGCAGCCUGCCAUCCCAGAUCCAUUCUUGCAGCAGACCCUCUGUCCAGCAGCCAACCCCCAGCAGACCCUCAGCCCUGAGCCCUCCAGCACCCAACAGCUGGAUCUGUCUGAGCAUUCUGUCAGCUUUGAGUCCCUGACUGUCUCCCCUGCUGACUCCACUUUGCCGUCUCCCUCACCAUCAUGGCAGGAGGAGACAGUGACCUCGCCUGCACCCCAGCAGGCUGUUGAUGCCCCCAAGAAGCGCGGGCGGAAGCGCAAGUACCCUGAGGGCAUGGCCCCCAGCCGCAGGCGUCCCAAGAAGCCCAAGGUGUAUGAGAUGGGGCCCCUGCCUGACAACGAGCUGGAAAAGAAGCGGAAGAACGCUGUGAACGCCAAGAAGCACCGCGAUGCACAGAAGGCAGCGAGGCAGGAGCUGUCCAAUGAACUGACCAAGGCAGUGGCCGAGCGUGACAGACUGCUGGAGGAGCUGAAUCAGUGCAAGGAGCGGGAAGAACACUUGCUGCAGGUGCUGAGUGUUCACGGCAUAAACAUCGAUGGCUUGUGAACACCGUGGCAGCAGCAGCCCAGCAAGGAAAAACCCAGAGAGCUUUGGCGAGCACUGGGACGGUAGCAGUGGCAGCAGCAGCAGCUACACCACCCAGCCAGGCGUCUCUACAGAGGCCUCCUGCCCAUGCUUUGCCCAGCCAUCCCUUCUCUACUACCACUUGCCCAGAGAGGAAGGAGGGCUAUGUUUGCCCACUUUUCUCGCUACACUUACAUGUCACCUGAUGGGUGUCCUCGCACCCUCCCACAACACUUUCACACUACAUGCACCUUCCACACACCCUUUCUCACCUUGCAAGCCCCUCACAGCUUGCACUGUCAGAUUGAGACAAUGAUAUGACAUGAUCCUGACCACCUCUGCCUCCCAUCAGUAGAGUUAAUGCAUACCUUAUUCCAUCCAGGUCAGUGUGGGGACAGUAGUAAAGCAGAAGCAGGCCCCAGCAGGAAGGUGUCAAGCAACCAGUCUGCCUACUGGCUCUACUUUCACUGCUCUCCCUACUUCGACAUGUCACAGCUGUGAGAUUCACUGAGGAGGAGGAGGAAGAUGCAGCAGAAGCUGCCAGUCAUAUUUUUCUUCUCAAUUGGAAGGUCAGUGUGUGGACAGCAAUGAAGCAGAAACAGGCACCAGCCACUCGUGUGCCUGGCUGCCUCUACUGUCACCCUCCAACCUGCUUGGACGUGCCACGGCUGGGAGACCCGGAGAAGGAGGACGGUGCAGCAGCUGUUAACCAUGUUUUUCUUUUCAGGUGGUAGGUGGACAGGCACCAGUUAUGAAACUCAUCCAGUCUACCCAUAUAUCUACUUACUUUGGUCACUUAAUGCUAUCACUGCAGAUCAGUUAUUUUCAGGUGGUGGGUAGCUAGACAGACACUUGGUUUGAGGUUUAUGCAUCUCAUUACUAUAAUCACUUAUUUAAUGGUUAAAUACUUUUAGAGCAGAGUUAUAUAUUUUCAAUGAUUGUAUUCAUUGUGUUUUUAGUUUGCUAGUUAACUUCUUCCUUCUGUGAAGCCCUCUAUCCAUCCAUUUUCCAUCUUCCUAGAAUUGUUUUCCUCUGCACUUUAGCUUAACCAAUAUUUUCCUAGUUAAACCUUAUCUCAGUGCUUACCUUAGUUUGGGGUAGUUAAAUUUUCCUAGUUUUACCUUAUCUCCAUUUAUCAAAACAUUGGUCCAUUAUUUAUUUUUUACUGUUCACUAGGUUUGUUUUUAUCAGUGAAUGUUGGUUUUUAUUUAUUUACCAGUCUAUACAUUUUUACUAGUCAGGGUGGAUUUACCUUUCACUAGUCAAUAUACAUUUAUUUUUUACUAUUGAGUAGGUUUAUUUUUUUACUAGUAACUACAUUAAUUUCUUACUAGUCAGGGUGGGUCUAUUUAUACUAGUCAUGACAGGCUUAUUUACUAGUCCACAUAGAUUUAAUUUUUAGCAACUAGUCAGUACAUUAAUUUCUUACUAGUCAGGGUGGGUCUAUUUAUACUAGUCAUGACAGGCUUAUUUACUAGUCCACAUAGGUUUAAUUUUUAGCAACUAGUCAGUACAUUAAUUUCUUGCUAGUCAGGGUGGGUCUAUUUAUACUAGUCAUGACAGGCUUAUUUACUAGUCAGCAUAGGUUUAAUUUUUAGCAACUAGUCAGUACAUUAAUUUCUUGCUAGUCAGGAUGGGUCUGCUCUUGUACUAGUCAUGACAGGCCUAUUUACUAGUCUGUGUAGGUUUGAUUUCUAGUCACUAGGUACAUUAUGCUUGUUCCUGUAGGUGUAUUUGAGCUCUCAACUUCCUUGGCUUGGUCUGAGUACCUUUUUUCUUUAAUUUUUGCUUGGUGAUGCAUUAUGAUUUUUAGGUUUCAAGCUCAUCCACAGUUUUUAUUAGUGUGAUUUGCCUGGUUUAAUGGCAUAGGUCGUUUUCAUACCUCCAUAUAUUUUUAUUUAGAAUUGCUUUAGUUCUUUAGUUUUCCUUUUUUUUUCACUUAACUUCAUUCCCAUUGACUUGGAACCAUUUAUUUAUUUGUUCAUUUAUGUGUUUUCGUAUAUUUUCCAACAAGGUACAAAAAAUAAGCUAUAAAUAAAAAAAGAUAUGUGA